AUGAGGGUAUCAAAUCCGACUUCCAAGAGAAGAAAUAACGGACGUAACCAGCACGGACGUGGACACACCAAGUUUGUCCGUUGUAUCAACUGUUACCGCUGUGUCCCUAAGGACAAGGCUAUUAAGCGUUUCACUAUCCGUAACAUGGUUGAAACUGCUGCUAUCCGUGAUAUUCAAGAAGCCUCCGUUUAUGAGGAAUAUGCUAUUCCCAAGUUAUAUGUCAAGCUUCAUUACUGUGUUUCAUGUGCUAUUCACGCUCGUAUCGUUCGUGUUCGUUCUCGCACUCAGCGCCGUAGCAGACUUCCUCCUCCUAGAUUCAGAUUCCAAAAGACUGCCAACAAGGCUUAAAUGUCCUCCUCUCAUUUUUGCUUUAGUGCGUGCGUGCGCGUGUGUGUGUGUGUAUGCGUCAAUAAAAAGGAAUUGAAUGAUCUGUGUUGUAAAUGCAUAAAUGGAUAUUUUGGUACAAGUCGUGUUUGAAAGUCGAAUGUGGUGUAUUAUUAACAAGUAAAGAUUUGGUCGGCCCAACUGGGUUGAUAUAAACCACAUUUUUUUAAUUGGACAGAAUUUCUCAUUUUUCGCGACGCGUGUUAUUUCUACCUGUAUUUAUUUAAGCCUUCCUCCUCUCUUUCUCUCCACCAGUUUU